GGCGCUGUCUAGUGGCAGCAAAGUGUUGGAAGAGGCAGUUCCGGCGUGGUGCAUUGCGUUCCUAUACCCGGACCGCUGACUGUUUCUCACUCGCUACAGUUUUAGGCCAGAGGUGAAGAUGUCUGGUCGCGGAAAGCAGGGCGGCAAAGUGCGGGCAAAGGCCAAGUCCCGGUCCUCCCGUGCGGGCCUGCAGUUCCCGGUGGGCCGAGUGCACAGACUGCUGCGCAAAGGUAACUACGCGGAGCGAGUAGGAGCUGGGGCGCCGGUGUACCUGGCGGCGGUGCUGGAGUACCUGACCGCGGAGAUCCUGGAGUUGGCUGGCAACGCCGCGCGUGACAACAAGAAGACCAGGAUAAUCCCUCGCCACUUGCAGCUCGCCAUCCGCAACGACGAGGAGCUAAACAAGCUGCUGGGGAAAGUGACCAUCGCACAGGGCGGCGUCCUGCCCAACAUCCAGGCCGUGCUGCUGCCCAAAAAGACGGAGAGUCAGAAGGCGAAGAGCAAGUGACCCUGAUGCCGUCACAGGGGAGCUGGCUUCCUGAGAAGAGUCUCCUUUAAUAGCCACCCCGCAGUGUUUUUGAAUAUGUUGGAUGUCUUGGAGGCCCGGUGUGAACUAGUGGGGAGGUGGGCUGUGAGGAGCCCGCCGGGGUCCGGGGCCAAUAAAGUCGGUGAAACUCGUGUGGUCGAGAGA